UGCAGUUCAAAAGCUCCCCCCUCCAGCCGCAGGAAGGGAGCCAGAACCGACAGCACCAGCAGGGAGAGCAGCCGGCAUCAGAGAUGGACCCCAGAAAAGCGCCUAAAUACCUCAUCUCUGCCGGGCGCCGCAUCCUCACCAUCGCCUUUGCCCUGCUCAUCUUGGGGGUCCUGACAUGGGCCUACGUGGCUGGGAUCCAGCUGGUGACUGACCAGUAUCGGAUCAUGGCCUUCGGCCUCUAUGGAGUCUUCCUCGCCGCCCACCUGGUCAUCCAGAGCUUCUUCGCCUCUCUGGAGCACCGGCGGAUGAGGAGGGAGUCGUUGGCCUGUAGCUACACCAAGACGGUGGCGUUGACCAUCUCGGCCUACCAAGAAGACCCCUCCUACCUCUGGCAGUGCCUGGAGUCGGUGCGGGCCACCCUGUACCCCCCAGAGAAGCUGCGGAUCCUCAUGGUGAUCGACGGCAACAGCCCUGACGACCGCUACAUGAUGGACAUGUUCCAGGAGGUCUUCGCCGGCGAGGACGUGGGCACCUAUGUCUGGGAGAACAACUACCAUCAGCAGCCCCCACUGGAGGGCGAAGAGGGGGGCAGUGGCUCCCAGGGGGCAGGAGGGGAGGAGCCUGGACUCUACACUGAGGUGGAGAUGGUGGACCCGGGCCAGCUGGCGGUGGAGGAGUUAAUCCGCUCCAGGCGAUGCGUCUGCAUCAUGCAGCGAUGGGGCGGGAAGCGGGAGGUGAUGUACACGGCCUUCAGGGCGCUGGGCAACUCGGUGGACUUUAUCCAGGUGUGCGACUCAGACACCAAGCUGGACCCCGGCGCCACGGUGGAGAUGGUGAAGGUGUUGGAGGCCAACAAGCACUACGGAGCCGUGGGGGGCGACGUGCGGAUCCUCAACGUCUCCGACUCCUUCAUCAGCUUCAUGAGCAGCCUGCGCUACUGGAUGGCCUUCAACGUGGAGCGCGCCUGCCAGUCCUAUUUCAACUGCGUCUCCUGCAUCAGUGGGCCCCUGGGCCUGUACCGGAACGACCUCCUGCAGCAGUUCCUGGAGUCCUGGUACAACCAGAAAUUCCUGGGCACCCACUGCACCUUCGGCGACGACCGGCACCUCACCAACCGCAUGCUGAGCAUGGGCUACGCCACCAAGUACACAGCCCGCUCCCGCUGCUACUCAGAGACCCCCGCCCACUUCCUGCGCUGGCUGGCCCAGCAGACCCGCUGGACCAAGUCCUACUUCCGCGAGUGGCUCUACAACGCCCUCUGGUGGCACCGGCACCACCUGUGGAUGACCUACGAGGCCGUGGUGGCCGGCGUCUUCCCCUUCUUCGUGACGGCCACCGUCCUGCGCCUCUUCUAUGGCGGCAGCCUGUGGGACGUGCUGUGGGUCCUGCUCUGCGUCCAGCUGGUGGCCUGCAUCAAGGCGCUCUACGCCUGCUGGCUGCGGGGCAGCCCCCGCAUGCUCUUCAUGAGCCUCUACGCCCUGCUCUACAUGGGCGGCCUCCUGCCGGCCAAGUACUUCGCCAUCGCCACCAUGAACAAGAGCAGCUGGGGCACCUCCGGGAGGAAGAAGAUGGUGGGCAACUUGAUGCCCCUGCUGCCCGUCUCCAUCUGGGGGCUCCUGCUGCUGGGGGGGCUGGGCUACACCAUCUACCAAGAGGCCCAGCCCGUCUGGACCAGCCUGGUCAAGCAGGCCGAGCUGAGAUACCUGGUCAUCGGGGUGGGCGUCUACCUGGGCUACUGGGCCGGCAUGGUGCUGCUGUACUGGGUGUGGAUCCGGCGGUGCUGCCGGAAGCGGGCCGAUCACUACACAGUCCAGGUGUGAGGCCCGGACACCAGGGUUCCUUGUUAUUCUCUUCCUACCUCACACCCCUGGCCUGGCUGUGGAGAAGCUGGAAGGCCGGAUUAGACAGGGAAGUGAUGGCUAGUGGGGAGAGAAGGGAGCAAGGGUGCCAGGACUCCUGGGUUCCAUCCCCUGUUCUGGGAGGUGAGUGGGGACUUGUAGCUGGAGCAGGGGGCUUGGAGCCCCGACUCCUGGAUUCUAUCCCUGACUCUCGCAGGGGAAUGGGGUCUGGUGCAGAGAGUUGGAUUACAGUGGACGAGAAGCUGGAUAUGAGUCAGCAGUGUGCCCUUGUUGCCAAGAAGGACAACGGCAUAUUGGGCUGUAUUUGUAGGAGCGUUGCCAGCAGAUCGAGGGAAGUGAUUAUUCCCCCCUAUUCGGCACUGGUGUGGCCACAUCUGGAGUAUUGUGUCCAGUUUUGGGACCCCCACUACAAAGGGAUGUGGACAAAUUGGAAAGAGUCCAGCGGAGGGCAAUGAAAAUGACAUGGGGGCUGGGGCAGAUGAUUUAUGAGGAGAGGCUGAGGGAACUGGGAUUGUUUAGUCUGCAGUAGAGAAGAGUGAGGGGGGAUUUGAUAGCAGCCUUCAACUAGCUGAAGGGGGGGUUCCAAAGAGGAUGGAGCUCGGCUGGUCUCAGUGGUGGCAGAGGACAGAACAAGGAGCAAUGGUCUCAAGUUGCAGUGGGGGAGGUCUAGGUUGGAUAUUAGGAAACACUAUUUCACGCGGAGGGUGGUGAAGCACUGGAAUGGGUUACAUAGGGAGGUGGUGGAAUCUCCUUCCUUAGAGGUUUUUAAGGUCAGGCUUGACAAAGCCCUGGCUGGGAUGAUUUAGUUGGGCAUUGAUCCUGUUUUGAGCAGGGGAUGGGACUAGAUGACCUCCUGAGGUCCCUUCCAACCCUGAUAUUCUGAUUCUAUGAGUCUCAAACAGGGGGUCAUGACUCCUCAGUGGGUCACAGGUUAUUAUGUGGGGUUCGUGAGCUGUCAGCCUCCACCCCAAACCCUGCUUCGCCACCAGCCUUUAUAAUAGUGUUGAAUAAUAAAAUAAUGUAUUUUUAAUUUAUAAGGGGGGGAGGAGGUCACUCUCAGAGGCUUCCUGUGUGAAAGGGGUCACCAAUACAAAAGUUUGAGAACCACUCGUCUAGUGGUUAGAGCAGGGAGGCUGGGAGUCAGGACUCCUGGAUUCUCUCAUCACUGAAGCCAUGCCUACACUGCAGGGACUACAGUGGCAUAGCUCCAGUGCCAGAAUGAUGCCAGCCUCACCCCGUAGCAUAGACGCAGCCGACAACAGCACGGGGCGGGGAGGUUUCCCUCGGGGUGGGACACUCCCCCCCCCAACACACCCCUGCAUGGCGCUAGGUCUGCUGGCUGAUGCCUUCUUCCACUGACCGCUGGGCAUCUCUUCAGCGCUCAGUGGGGUGGGGGGGCGUAGAUUGUUCACACCCCAUCAGCCCUGUAGCUCUGUCAGUCCCAAGACACAGUAGCUCAGAAACUUCCAUCUUUCCCCUACUACCUAGUUAAUGUCCAGCUCCAAGAAAUUGUCUGAUCUCGUUUUAUUUAUUAAUCUCAUGCUCUGCAACUCCCACACCCGCACAUCUCUGUUGGGACUGUCUUAAACCAGUGUUGAGAUGCAGCUGCCUCUGGGGUGGGGCACGGGACCUGUUUACACAGGGAAUCCUUUGCCAGGCGUUGAGACGUCGUUGUUUCUGUUGCGGGGUGCAGGAGCUGUUUAUCCAGUAUGGCACUGAGAUGCAGCCGCCUCUGGGGUGGGGGGGCUGGUUACACAGGGAUCCCUCACCCACCGCUGAGAUUCAUCCGUCUCUGGGGAGGAGAGCAUCAUUGCUGGACUUUUAUGUUGCGGAUGCCGUUACGUCUGCCGAAUGGCCACGCUCACUGGUCAAAGCUCACCUCUUCCAAAUCAGUAAUGCCUGAGCACUUCGGGAGGAUCUCCCUUCACAGCGGUAGUAGGUUUUUACCUGCACUGUGCAGUUUGGCCAUUCCAGGCCGACAAAUGCUGCCAACUUUACAUCCUGUCGCCAUUUCCUCGCACUGAAAAGAUCCCACUCCAGAUUCUGAGUUUGGGGAUGAAGGAGGGGAUUCGCUGCCCUUGCUGGGUGGAUCCUUUCACCUCAAUAAACUUUACAGAUCGUGAGGGCGAGAGGAGGCCCCUUUCCAGCAGGGAAAUGAAGGAACAUCCUCUAUUUAUUUGUCUGUAAUAAUUACAAAGAGCCAUUUAACAGGAGAGAUUUUUAUUGGGUUUAUUUUAUGAACUGUGGCAAAUAAAAUGUAUUUUUUUUGA